GGCGAGUCAGAGCGCGUGCUGCACGGAGAAGGGAGGUACACACUGUACUGCACGAUCUUUUUAUAUUUCGUAUGAGCACAACGCCUUGAUUUGUGAAGAUGUGGACGGCUAUAGGGAAACUGCUGCUUUUACAUAUGAUACUCGUGGGGUUUCUGCCGGUAAAUGGAAAUAACCCGGACUGUGAAAGCGGUCAGUUUCAAUGCAGGAAUGGCAGGUGUAUCCCGACUCCAUGGAGAUGUGAUGAUGAUGAUGACUGCUCGGACAACAGCGAUGAGGAGAACUGCCCAAAAAAGACAUGUGCCACAACAGACUUUGCAUGUAAGAAUGGGCAGUGUCUCCCGGCCCGAUGGAGGUGUGAUGGAGAACCGGAGUGUCCAGAUGGUUCGGAUGAAGCAGACUCCACCUGCAGUCGACAGACGUGUCCACCAGAGAAGUUUGACUGUGGCGGCUCGACGAGCAAAUGCGUGUCGUUGUCAUGGCGCUGCGAUGGUGAACAGGACUGUGAAAAUGGAGCAGAUGAGGAGCAGUGUGCUGCAGAUGCCAAGGCUUGCCCUGCUAAAGAGUUCCAGUGCCGUAAUCGUCUGUGCGUGGCUCCCACAUUCGUCUGUGACGGGGAUGAUGACUGUGGCGACGGCAGCGAUGAGGAGAAGUGCACGGCAGCCACCGCCAGCACCUGCGGGCCACAUGAGUUUCGCUGUAACGACUCAGAGUGUAUCCCAGCGCCGUGGAGCUGCGACGGAGACCCCGACUGCAGAGACAAAUCGGACGAAUCUCUGGAGCGUUGCAGCCGCAGGACGGAGCCUCAAAAAACCCACUGCACUGCGGGAGAGUUCCGGUGCAGGAGUGGAGAGUGUAUUCAUCUCAACUGGAAAUGCGAUGGAGAUGUAGACUGCAAGGACAAGUCUGAUGAGGCCAACUGUCCUGUGCUGACCUGUCGUCCUGAUGAGUUCCAGUGUGGUGAUGGCUCCUGCAUUCACGGCACUAAACAGUGUAACAAAGUGCACGACUGUCCAGAUUUCAGCGACGAGGCUGGCUGCAUCAACAAAACCACCAAAUGUGAAGGUCCGCUGAAGUUCAUGUGUAAGAGCGGGGAAUGUAUCGAUAGCAGUAAAGUGUGCGACAGUAUCAAGGACUGCAAGGACUGGUCUGAUGAGCCUGUGAAGGAGUGCGGUCUGAAUGAAUGUGCCAUUAACAAUGGAGGCUGCUCUCACGUAUGUAAGGACCGGCAAAUCGGCUAUGAGUGUGAAUGUCCCACGGGCUACAAACUCCUGGACAAGAAGACUUGUGGAGACAUAGACGAAUGCGAGAACCCUGAUGCCUGCAGUCAAAUAUGUAUAAACCUCAAAGGCGACUACAAAUGUGAAUGCUAUGAGGGUUACGAGAUGGACCUGGUUACCAAGACGUGUAAAGCAGUGGGUAAGAGCCCAUAUCUUAUGUUUACUAACCGCCAUGAGAUCCGGCGCAUUGACCUGCUGAAGAAGGACUAUACGCAGGUAGUGCCAACCCUAAAGAACGCCGUGGCCCUAGAUGUGGACGUGACCACCAACAAGAUGUACUGGUGUGACCUCUACCAUCGAAAGAUCUUCAGCACGUAUAUCAGCAAAGCCAGCGAUGCUUCUCAACAGUUCACGCUCAUAGACACUGCGCUACAUUCCCCAGAGGGCUUAGCAAUGGACUGGGUCCAUAAGAACAUCUACUGGACCGACUCUGGACACAAAUCUAUCUCUGUGGCGACUGGCGAUGGCAAGAAGAGGAAGGUGUUGAUCGACACGGAGCUUGGGGAACCGCGUGCCAUCGCCGUUGACCCAAGACAAGGGUUCAUGUACUGGUCAGAUUGGGGAACGCAGGCGAAGAUUGAGAAAGCCGGAAUGAACGGGGUAGAUCGGCAGGUUCUGGUUUCAGAGAGGAUCGAGUGGCCCAAUGGGAUUGCACUCGAUCUGUCUGGUAGACGACUCUACUGGGUGGAUUCCAAGCUUCAUCUGAUCUCCAGUGUGGACCUGAAUGGAGACAACCGUAGAGAUUUGCUGUCCUCCAUGGAUCAUCUCGGACAUCCCUUUGCCCUGACUCUUUUUGAGGACCGGGUUUACUGGACAGACUUGGAGGCUGAGGCCAUCUACAGUGUAAACCGGCUGACAGGGCAUGAUGUGGCGAUGCUGGCUCAACAUCUCAACAACCCUCUGGAUGUGGUGGUGUUCCACGAGCUCCGGCAGCCUCAAGCUCCAGAUACAUGCAACAUGGGGAGUUUGCCCAAUGGAGGCUGUGAGUACCUGUGCCUCAGAGCUCCUCAGAUCACAGACCACUCGCCCAAGUACACGUGUGCCUGUCCUGACAGCAUGGAAUUGGGCCCAGACAUGCGCCGCUGUGUGACAGUCAAACCCAAAACGACAACUUCUGCAAGUACAACCACUACUACGACACCAGAACCUUCUACUACUGUGACUCCUACAACCACCACUCCAGCUACAAACACAGAUACACCUACAACAACCAGUACAAUCUCCACAACUACACCUACAGCUACAGUAUCAAGUACAACCACCAUCAGCCCCACCACAACCACUCAUUCCAGCUCACGUCAUUCCACCAGCACACACACCUCAGCCACUUCAAACCUAGUGACCACUCAGUCUAGCACUACAUCACCAUGGAAACAGCCAACCUCCACCCAGACGACAGCAGAUCACAGACAGACAUCUACAACCAUCACCCACGGCAACAGCAUACAAGGUGCCAAUGGCAAUCUCUCUCAUCGCGCGGGCAGUGGAAAUGACCAUUUCCUCCUUGGUAGCAAUAUAACCGUUGCGGUUCUGGGUAUAGUCAUUCCAAUAGUUCCUAUCCUUGCCACAGUGGUCAUCGGCCUGAUGUGUACCGGAGGCUACCUGGUGUGGCGCAACUGGAGGAGACGGAACACCAAGAGCAUGAACUUCGACAACCCCGUUUACCGCAAGACCACAGAGGAUGACGACGACGAAAUCCACAUCGGCCGCAGCGAGCAGAUCGGCCACGUCUACCCUGCACGCGUGGCGCUCAGUCCAGACGAUGACGGAUUCCCCUGAGGGUGAUUCUUGUAGUUGCUCUCUCCUUCUCCGUCCCCGAAUCCAUGCGUCCUUUAGUCCUCCAUCUCUCCUUCCGUCGAGGAGGUUGCACGAGACAACGCAGCAAGGCACAGAGAGCCAAAAGGACACACGAGCACUUGAAAACUGGGUUUGUCUUCUCGUAGUGUCUUUUCCAGCCCAUAAACUCUCAGUCGGGCAAUAAUCACUAGUUCUAAAAUUAAACUACUAGCAUCAUUCUUGCUCUGUGUCAGUAGUCAUAGGUAGUGCUGUCUAAUGAUGACUAACUUCAUAGCUCAUCACGUCAGUAGUCACUAACACUCAGUGGCUCUCCUGCUGCACUCGUGCUGUAGUUGUUUAUUUUUUUUAUUAGAAAUAGUUUUAUUACUGGUUAAGCUGGUUUGAGCUGAGCUAUGGCCAUUUUGUCUGGCAAAACAUGUUGGGAGAGAAUUGUGGGCAAUCCAUCCUGUGAGCAUAGGAGAUGCAUUGAAGGAAAAUAUGAAAUAGGAUGGAGAGAGGGUGUGGAAAAUUCAUAUUUGCAGACAUACUAAACACAGAUUCCACCAUGUGGCUGUUAUGCAUUCAUAUAAUCUCACAAGCAAAUAAUAUACCACAAAAAUUAAGAUUUACCUGUAAAUAAGUCAGAAUCUGUCAUUUUCUGUCCUCCUGCUUACAUACUUCCAAUGCCAAGACUAGUGUUCCUUCACGUCUUCCAUAGUCACUCGAGUCAGAUUUGACUCCCAGUUUUGAGAGGUAAUAUAUUUUUCCAUUUUUAUUUAUUUUACCAGCACUGGGUCUUCCGUUUUUCUCAAGUUUCUAGGACCAACUAAAAUCUUCCUGCCCAGGCACAUUUAUAACCCCAAAACAUUAGCUCAGGACAUCAGUUUUUCUAAAAUAUUAUCAGUUAUCGUUAUAAUCUGUGUGGUUUGUUAUCACAAUCACGCUAAUAGAUACGGUAGCCAGGGUUUGAUAAUGGCUAAAAUGCUGUUUGUUCAUAUCUACAGUCUAGAUCGCUCCUUCUCGGACACGCAAAAACACACGUCUUUUCCGCCCCUACAUUCGUCAUGCCUUGGAGAAAACUCUUCAGCAUUUAGCAUGCUGACAAAGAAGACACCGCCUGCCAUAUUGGGUGACUUAAUAGCGUGAUAGAUUAGAGUCGUAGAUCAAAGCUUUGCUCAUAUGAACAGUCAUCUGUUCGACGUGUGGCACAGGAAAUGAGGAGUGCCUGAAUAUAGGCUUCCUGUACAUAUCAACUCUCAAACUUUCUCUGUGUGAUGAAUGAGCACUUGGUUAUUUCUGUAUCACUGUCAGAGGGACACUGACUGAUUGGACAAUGUAAAAAACAGUUUUUUUGCUGGUUUUAGUUAGGCUAGUCUGAAUUGAUGGUUUAAAGGGGUUUGAUGGAUUUAGAUCAAGACUGACUGAAAUAAACAAAACAAUAUAUGUAAUUGGAGGCCCCCUGAUAGUUUGCCUUUUGCCCUGGUUGAGAACCACUGAUUUAUAGAUCUUCGAGACCAUCAAGGCCAUCUAAGCUUAAUCUAAACCAGCAAAAACCCUUAGGCUGGGUUAAGAUUUUCCAGCAGGGAUUAAAACUUGGCAUGUGACGGUAUGUUUCUGUGUACUGGGGUGUGAUGUUAGAUCAGAUGGUUUUGAAGAACUAGUCAUGUGAGUUGCCCUUUGUUGGAGGCUACUGAAAGUACCCGAGAUUGGUUCUGGCCCGUAAGUGGCUGGUCUCGCAUCUUGAGUGGUUCUUUGUUCCUGCCACCUUUGCUCUUCUCUGCUGUGAUGAGGCAUCUUGUGUAAAACAUCCCUCCACAUAUCAAAGAAUCCUCCAUUAAGUCACUGUUUGUUUUCCAUUAGGAAGAGAGACAGUGUGGGAGUUUCAUUGCUCAGGCUUUUGUCUGUGAGGAUUAAAGAAGCUGCAGUUUGUAGUUGGUUUUCUGAUCAGAUCGGCUUGAGAUGUCUUCACUGAAGACAUGUUUUGGAGAUAACAGAUCUAUUGCCAUCGAUAUUAUAGUUUGUUUAAUGAAUCUUCAUUCAUCCUUAACUAUUUCUCACGUCAAAAUAUGUAUACAGUAUUGAAAGGAUAAUGGAUAGGUUGAUUUUGGAAGCGGUAACAGUUUAGAUGCUUUGAGUAUUUAAAAAAAAUAUCGGCUCUGAAAAUGUGAAACUUUUUGAUUUGAGAAUCUCAGACUAGCAAUACAGGGUAAUCAAACUGCUUAAUGUGCAGUUUUAGAACUGUCAUGUCAUAAAUUAUUGUUUAAUCGUUAUAAAUUUGGUUUCUUCAGAAGCGCUUUGCUUGGACUUGUUUGCUGGUCUUGUUAGAUCUGGUUUGCUGGUAUUUUGGGCACAUAUCAGCUGGUUUAGGCUGGAAGGCAAGCUUGUUCAGCUGAAACCAACUGGACACCAGGCUAGGAGACCAACUAAAAUGAGAAGAAACAGCCUAAACUGGUUUUAGAUGGAAUUUGGGCACUUAUCAGCUGGUUUGGACUGGAAGACAAGCUUGUUUACCAGCUAAACCAACUGGACACCAAACUAGGUGACAAUCGAAGACCAGAAACUGGUUUUAAAUGGAUUUUAGGCACUUGCCAGUUGGUCAGACUGGGAGACCAGCUUGCUGACCAGCUAAAGCAACUGAAAAUCAGCAUGGCCAGACUGGAAGACCAGUUAAGACCAGCAAAUAAGCUUAGGCUGGUUUAAUCAGGUUUUGUUUUUUCACAAGAAGCAUCAUGCAUGUUUCUUUUUCCUGACCCCAAACUCAUCAUUGUUUUGAGGUGCUGCUCAAGAGUUGGUGCAAAAAUGUUUUUAUGGGAAACUUUGUUACAUUGAGCUCUCUAGCUGUCAAGGUUUCUACAAGCAGAUCACUUAGCUUAUUAUAAUUUAUAAACACGUGUACGAUCUGGUCACAGAAGGUUCUAGACCUUGGAUUUUCGGCCUCUCUGUACAGUAGAUAACAAGCAGUACUUUGUGACCGUUGUCCAUCAUUCUUACUCUAUGCAUGUGUAUCGGCGAGUCCUGCCUUCCUUUAGCACUGCAGGGACUCGCCACGCUGCUCCUUCACCCCACUCCACUGUGACUAACAUUCGUAAUAUCCGUAACUCCUCCUCAUCACUGUCUACCUGUCAUCCCCAUCGGCCCAACAUUGCUUUUGAAAGGGCUACCAUUCUUUUAAAAUGGACGAUACACUGGACAAUACGCUGGAACCUCUCCUGGAACAGUGCUCUUUAGUUUGGUGGACUUGUAGAGCUGAACCGCUGAUGAGACGGGUCCUCCACACCCAUGGUAACAUUCCCGUCUGUUCUCUUUGUGACCUGUGUGGGAAAAAAAAGACCUGUUUUGGUCUGCCCCUAUGAGAUCAUGUUGACAUGAUGUAUAUUACUUGAACUGUUAAUUUUUUGUAUGGUUUGUAGGGGGAGGAAGGAGGGCCUGUUAUUCCUGUCGUUUGAGGAAACAUGCGUCCCAGUCAUUCCAUAGCUGUAUGGAGACAUUUUGUACGCUGUUUGUUGCACAAACUUUUUCAAGAAGCCUUCUGCACUGUGUAAAUGAUUACAUAGGAUGGGGGGAAGGGUAGCCGUUGCUGUCAAAUGAGUCUGAAUCGUGAUUUGUAAAUAUGUUUUCAUACAGCAAAACUUUUGAUAAGGUUUUAAACAUUUCUUGUAAAAAGAAGGUGUAUAUUAGUCUCCUAGACAAAAAAAGAGUGUAGACCAUACAUGGAUUUAUUUGUACUCGAGAGCACUGGAUUUCUUUACUACUUGAUUGUAACUAAAAAUUAAUAAUCUGCCAAAGUGUUUUUUUUUCUUCCUCAAUUUGAUUUUUGCUUUUUAACCGUAAACAUUGCAGAAAUAGUGUUUAAUUUGUAUUUGUACAUUUAUUUAAUAGAUAAAUUAAAUUGUAAUUCUAUUUAAUAAGUUACACUCAGUGUUGAAAGAGAGGGUUACAGUUUAAUUUAUUGGUGCCUUGUAUGUGUUCAUGUAUAUUUUCCAAUAAUGUUAUGUUUUGUUUGCUUUUCUGGUGUCUGUGUCAAUGGGUCAGAGGUGGUGGGAAUAAGGAGGGGGUUUUAACAUUAGAAAAACUGUACUUACAUGGAAUAUCUGUACUGUAUGCCAAAAUGGUCUCACUCACGUUUCUAUGAAAUUCAA